GCGGCCUGCGGGACCGGCCCGAGGGAUGCGGCGGCUCGAGGCCUCGGAAGAAAAUCCGCUCGCUUUCGCUUAGGCGAUUGCCUGAGCUAAUUUCCUCCUAGGAGUAUUGAUAUCCUCGAGAAAAACAGUUCAUAAUUACCCCAGCACUGCUGAGUGCUUCCCUCCCGCCCCUCCAGCUCUCCCUCCUGCCUGUGUCGUUGACCUUUUCCUGGAUACAAUCGCUAAAGAGAGAGGGAAAACUGUAAUGCUUUGAUUUACUUUUCAGCUCCUAUACGACAUAGCAGCCAUGGGAAAAGAAUGUUUAUUAUCAAGGCAACAAGUUUUUAUGACUCUCGAUUUCUGAACUUACUGAGAUUCUAUAUAUUUUUGACUGGGAUACCCGCAGUAGUGUUUGUAACUUAUGUGAACAUCUUCAUUGGUGAAGCUGAACUUGCAGAGAUUCCUGAAGGUUAUGUUCCAGAGUAUUGGGAAUACUACAAACACCCUAUAAGUCGUUGGAUAGCUCGUUACCUUCUUGACCCCCCUGAAAAAAAUUAUGAGAAAGCCAUGGCUCUGCUUGAUGUUGAAGCAAAGAAAACUGAGCUGAGGCUGAUGGAGAUGGAGGCGCGCAGACUGAUGAGAGCAAGGGGAGAUGGACCUUGGUAUCAUUAUGAAACACCAGAUAAAAAUCUUACUGACAAUUCUAUGAAAGCCACACCUGACAAUUAAGCAGUCCUAAGACAGUAUGCAAGGUUUUAAAUGCAUACUAACAAGUUGUGACUGAAUUAUGCAUAUACAUCCCGCUGUUCACUGAAUUAAACUUGAAAAAUCA